UCCAUCCAGUCAGCCAGCCAUCCAAAUACUCGUUUUAUUUGUUCGUUUAUAUGUUGAAGCCAUAGCUGCAGAUAUUACCAAUUACACGAAUUUUAUACUCUUUUAAAAAUUUCGUUUUAUUAUAAUAUUUAUUAUCGUAGAGCGCACAACUGUCUGCGGAGUGUUUUUUGUGUGUGACCGAAUCGAAACAGUAACAGAACAGAACCGAACCGACCGUGCUCUGCUUCUAAUAAAAACUAUCUAUAUAACAACUAUAAACAUACAGUAGAAUUACUAGUACUUGUUUUUUUAUUGUUGUCUUUUUAUAAUAAUCAUAAAAACUAAACCUCCACACUAUAAACAACAAUAAACAUAUUAAAUUAAACUAAAAAAAGUCAUACAUACAUACGUAAAUACAUAAAAACUAAAACGGGAAAAACUAAUAUGGAAAAACACCUGAAAACGGUUAAAAUUGUUUCAAGCUGAAAAAGAAAUAAUUCUUAUUGUCUUUUAAGUGUUGUAGCACUUGAUUAUUGUCGUCUAAAAAUAUCAAACGCCAAAAACAAAAGCAAGAGUAACGAGAAAAAAAGAAAUUUUGCAGCAGCAGUAGCAGCAUCACAUCACCAUCACAACAACAACAUUGUUACCGUGAUAAUCAUCAUCAUCAUCAACAACAACACAGCAAACCACAAUUCUACUCAAACGCCGAAAAGCAGCAAAAACAAACAAACAACAAACCAACCAACAGCUAUUGUUAGCUAUACAAACGCCGUCUGUCUGCUAGACCGACUGCCCGCCCGUCAGAACUUCAUUGUAUGCACUAUAACCAUCCAAAUCAUUUUAUACAUUUACUUUAGUUUUAUACGCAAAGUCAUCAAAUCAACACAACAAUUACUAUUUGCUGCUAUUAAAAAUAUAAAAAUAAAAUAAAAAAAAAGAAAAGAAUCAAAUAAUAAAAAAUUAUUUCAAUUUUUAUAGUGUCAACUAAAUGAGAAAGUACCUACAACGUGUAUCUAUCUAUGUAUCUUUCUUUUGCCACCAAAAUAAUAUAAAGAAAAAGUGCGCGUAUUUUUUUUAAACGAAAAUUUUAAAAACAAAAAAAAAAUUUUCUCUUUUUUUAAAUUUUGUACAUGCAACAAAUUAAUUACAAUUUAACAACACAUAAAAAUAAAAUCAAUAAUAAAAUAAAGAAUAAAAAUACAACAACCUUAAGCAAGUGAGACCGGACCGCACACCAAGUCCUCAAGAAAAUUUUUAUUACUUUUACAUAUUUUACGACUUUUUAAACGCGUGUGCGUUCCGUUCCGUUCGUUCAUUCGUCUAACUAUCAACCACAUUUAAUAGCAAAAACCACAACAACAAUUAGAUAAAAAACACCUACAACAGAGUCCUUACAAAACCAUAAAAAUUUAUAAAAUACAUAGUUUAAAAAACAAACAAACAAAUAAAUAAAUAAAAAGUGUCAUAUUUCUAAACUUCCGACGUCAAAAGCAAAAAAUUAAUAAUAAAAAAAGAAUUUAAAUUUAAAGCGACGGCUUUUUAAAAACAAAAAGUAAAAAGUGUUAUAAACAAAUUAUUAAUGAAAUAGCCAAAUACACCAACUACUACAGCCACAUUUGUUUUAUUUAAAAACAAGAUUUGUUUUAUUUCCAACAAAAACCACAAAUUUUAACAAAUUUCGUUGCUUGUUUUUGCAUAAAAUAAAAAAAUUAAACACACAAGCAAAAGAAAAACUAUGUGCAAUGUCAAAAUUUGUUUUCGAUAGUAUGCUACCAAAGUAUCCACAGUUUCAACCAUUUAUAAGUUCACAUUUAACUACAACAACACAAAAUUCAUCAUCAGCAGCUGUUGCCGCCGCCCUAGCCGUUGCAGCCGCCUCCUCGUCAUCAUCAUCAGCCGCCACCAACGCUAAUAACUCCAGUAGCAACAACAACAACAACGGUAGCAGUAGUUCCCUGAACAACACACUCAGUUUGAAUACCUCCAAUUCGCUUACCAACCAGAAUAGUGUGUCGUCAUCAUUACAUUCACCCAACACUUCCGGCCAACUCAGCAGCAGUCAUUUGAAUCAAUCGUCCAAUUCACCUGUGUCAUCAUCCUCACCAUCGUCUUCAACAGCCUUUGGUGGUCUUAGUCAGCAUCAUCAUCAUCAUCAGCAGCAACAACAACAGGCCCACUUUGCCAGCAGUCAGCAACAUCAUCAUCACCAUCCGCAUCAUCAUCAGUAUUCGUUGACGGCCGCUUUGCAGUUACAACAGCAACACCAACAACAAUUGCACAUAAAUAAAUUAGCUGCCGCCGCCGUAGCAGCCAGUACACAACAACACCACCACCAGCAGCAGCAACAACAACAGCAAAGCAACGGUAGUAGUUCUUCUCAGCAGCAGCAACAACAAUUGUUACUUACACCACCCUCCGGAAAUAAUUCGCAUACGGGUGACAGCAGUUGUUCGCCAUCUCCGUCGGCAUCCUCUUCGCUGCAUCGCAGUUUGAACGACAGUUCUCCAUCGUCCUCGGCUCAGGCGCACGCUAGUGCCGCAAGUUCUGUAGCCGCUGCAGCAGCUGCCGCCGCCGCUGCUGCUUCCUCAUCGUUUGCCAUACCCACAAGCAAAAUGUAUCCCUAUGUAUCAAAUCAUCCCACGUCGCAUGGCGGUCUCUCCGGUAUGCCAGGCUUUUCAGGACUAGAGGAUAAAACCUGCAGCAGGUACUCAGACAGUGUUAUGAAUAGUUAUCAAUCAAUGAGUGUACCUGGCUCGGCCUCCGCUAGUUUUGCACAAUUCUAUCAGCAUGCGGCUGCUGCUUCUGCCGCUUCAGCUGGUGCCAUGGGUGUGGAUUCACUGGGCAAUGCCUGUACACAACCCUCAUCGGGUGUAGUGCCCACAGGAGGAGCUGGUCAAAGUAUUGCAGAUUUACCCCGAUAUCCAUGGAUGACAUUAACAGACUGGAUGGGAAGUCCCUUUGAACGCGUAGUAUGCGGAGAUUUUAAUGGUCCCAAUGGUUGCCCUCGUCGUCGUGGUCGUCAGACUUAUACACGUUUCCAGACACUGGAAUUGGAGAAAGAAUUCCAUUUCAAUCAUUAUUUGACACGGCGACGAAGAAUUGAAAUCGCCCAUGCAUUGUGUUUGACCGAGAGACAAAUAAAGAUUUGGUUCCAAAAUCGCCGCAUGAAACUUAAAAAAGAAUUGAGAGCUGUCAAGGAAAUAAAUGAACAAGCUCGCCGAGAUCGUGAAGAGCAAGAGAAAAUGAAAGCCCAAGAAGCCAUCAAAUCCGCCCAACAUAAUAACAAUAAAUUGCAGCAACAGCAGCAGCAACAACAGCAACAACAACAGCAGCAGCAACAACAUCAGCAACAGCAGCAAGAUCAUCAUUCAAUAAUCGCCCACAAUCCCGGCCAUUUGCAUCACUCCGUUGUGGGGCAAAAUGACUUGAAAUUGGGUCUGGGCAUGGGUGCUGGACUCGGUGUCGGCGGUGGACUCGGUGGUAAUCUGGGUAUGAUGAGUGCGUUAGAUAAAACAAAUCAUGAUCUUUUAAAAGCCGUUAGUAAAGUAAAUUCAUAAAUUUCUUUAAAUCCGAUAAACUAAAAAACCCCCUUUAAACAUGUACUGAAUAAUAGAAUUUGAUUAAAACAGAAAAUACUAAAAAAUUAACUAAUAAAAUACUACUAUUUAAAUUAAAAAAUUCAAAAAAAAAGAAGAAGAAUGAGUUAAAUGAAAAACAAGUUGAUAUAGUUGCAACAAAAUACGUAAACCUUUACAUAGUAAUUUUAGUCUGUAAAAGAUCUUUAAAUCUCUAUAAAUAUUUAAAUUAAACUAAACAAAAAAAAAAUAUUAAAUUUAAUAUAAAAUAAAACAAAUAAUUAUUUACAUUUUAUAAAUACCUAUAAAUAAAAUAAAAAUUUGAGAAAAACAAAAAUUAAAUUAUAUAAUAUAAAGCCAAUAUACAUAAUAUAUACAUAUAUACUUACACUUACGUACAUAACUACUCGUAUAUACUUACUACAUACACUUACACUUACAUACAUACAAGAAACUACUUAUAAGUCUAAACAAAUUCAAUUCAAUUUUAUUUUAAAUAAAUAAUUUAAAAUGUAGUAAACAAGUAAAAAGAUUCAAUUUGAAUAUUUAUUUGAAUGCUAAAUUUAAGUUAAUUAUUGGCAGAAAACAAAAAACAAAAAAAGCAUUAAUAAUUAGAAAUAAAAGUACUGAAUUCAUUUGCUUUAAAGUAGUUUUUAAA